AUGUGCGUAGAGAGGCUGCGGGUGCAAGAGCCGCUGUCAGAUGCUCUGGAGACUUACCUGCAGAAGGACCAGAGUCUGGCAGGCGCUACUGGCGGAUUUACGCCUGAGCAGGUGAUGGGCGAGCUGUUCAAGGCAGCUAUGAGCCUGACAGUAUUCUACCAGCGCAGUGCUACCAGCUCUAGUGAAUCUUCGCAUGCUGACCAGAGCGACGUUCUAACUGCAGCCAAGCAGGCUGCUAGCAUUGUGCUGAAUUUUUCGACCCUGGGACCAGCUGAGAUCCAGUCCUUGUGGUUCCCAACUACCAACCGUUGGAAACACAUCGGCUGUCUGCUGUCGACAAUGACGCAGCUUAUCGACCAGUGUAUUGCGGACUUGAGCUCAUCACCAAAUCGUGCUGUGUCAGAGGAAAGGCAAAUUGAAGUUGCGCCUGUAGUGCUGGUUCUGCUGCGUGUUAUAACCGAGAACCCAGAAGCACGCACGCGCAUAUUUGAUGACAUCUACCCCCAGGGAGCCGACUACACGCAGCUGCCUGAGGACCGGCCAGGAACCUCCAGCAAGCUGGUCAGGAUUAUGAAGUCGCCACAAGGCGGCCAGGAUGCACGGCAGUUCGUGAUGGCUGUGGGCUACGGGAAUGCUGCCGGAUACAUGCUUGCUCGUGGCAUCGAGAUACCGACUGAUCUGAUGAACAAGGGCGGGAGCGAUGCCAAGGACCAGGGUCAUCGACCCAGUGACGGGCAAUUGGCGGAAAUGACAGACGAAGAAAAGGAGCGCGAGGCCGAGCGUCUGUUUGUCCUGUUUGAGCGGCUGAACAAGACGGGCAUUAUCAAGGUCGAGAACCCGGUGCGCGCCGCCUACGAGAGCGGACAGAUUCAGGAGAUGAGUGACGACGACGACAGCAGCCCCUAA